UCAGUUUAUUUUUGUUAUGGCGGAGACCGUUUAUGGAAGGGAACAAAUGCUCGCAAAAGCGCUGAUAUAGACAUGAUUAUAGUGCGGAAGAACGUGAAAAUGUUAUAGAAAAGUCUUUAGUAGAAAGAUAACAAGUGUUACAUUCUGUUGCCUGCGGAUGAGGUCAUCUCUAUUCGGAGUGUAGGUUGUAACAGUGUUUUAUGGUGAAAAGCACGGCGCGGGACAAGAAAGAGAUCGAAGGCAGCGCGAGGCUCGUCUCAGAAGCAGCCCAGUGGCAGGGCACAGCGAGGUGUUGAGUAGUGAGGUCGUCCCCGUUGAGCCGGUGUGUGCUCGGCCCCGCGGUGGUCGGUCUACGGGGGAUGCCAAGUGAUCGUGGUGGGGGUAGUUGAUCGUUGUCGCGAGAGCCAUUUGGAAGAAGAAAAGGAAAGGAGAAGGAAAAUAUAAAAGUUUUGUUUUUGAGAGUAGUGGUGAAAGUAUAGUGCUCGUUCAAGAUGUCGCAGAUGGAUUUGUUCACGCCGUUACUACAGACGACGGACACCCGCAAGAAGUUGGCCAUAGGCACGGACAUCAUCAAUUACCUUGGCCUGCCUUCCAACAGCAUCGAGUGCGAUGACAUCGGCAUGUUCAUCGACGGCCUCGUGCCAUGGCUGCAGAGUAGCAACUUCAAGGUGACCUUGAAUGGGCUGGAGGUGAUGACCUUCCUGGUGGAUCGCAUGAAGGAGGACUAUCGGCCUUAUCUCUCCUCAGUUGUCCCGUCAGUGGCGGACAGAUUAGGUGACAGUAAAGAUGCAGUCCGAGAAAAAGCACAGACGCUACUCUCCAGUAUGAUGGACAAUGUGGUCACCCCAAAUAAUAUGUUUGAAAGGCUUAUCCCAGCCUUCUCCCACAAAAAUGGCAAAGUCCGAGAAGAGGUCAUGACAUGCCUUCAGAAUACAUUAACCAAUCAUGGAGCUUCAUCAGUAACAGUCUCACGGCUCAUCCCACACGUAGUAAAACUACUGUCUGACCCAACAGCUCCAGUGAGAGAUUGCGCCUUCAACACAUUGGUUGAGUGCUACAAACAUUACGGUGAAAGAUUGAGACUGGAUUUGACAAAGAAACACAGUAUUCCUUCUGGAAAAUUACCAGCUUUAAUGACACGCUUCGAUGAAGUUCGGGAUACAGGAUUAAUGAUGCCAUCUGCAAUAACGACUGCUACACCAAAUGAAGGAAAAGGAGACGAUGAAGUGGACAGAGCGAGUGUCAAAUCCGGAGGCAGCAAAUCAAGAGCCAGCAGUGCCCCUCCUGUCAGAAGAUCCGUCCUUGGGGCUGCCCUACCCCCAAAGAGUGCCGGAGCAGGGGAGAGUGGUGGUGGUGGGGGCCCUCGAACAACAAUCAAGAGAGUGCCAUCUAUCAGUCGGGGGAGAGCAGGGUCAUCAUCCUCAUCUACAGCUCCUGCUGGAGCUGUGGAUGAAGCCUCGUUCUUUGCCUCAUUUGAGGAUGUUCCUAAAGUUAACAUUUACUCUGCCCGGGAACUGGAGGACAACCUCACCAAGACCAGGGAGGUUAUCUCCAGCCCCAGUAAUGACUGGGACAAGAGAGUAGAGGCACUGAAAAAAUUGCGAAGUCUCUUAAUUGCUGGUGCCACUGGGUAUGAGGAGUUUUAUCCUCAUCUGCGGCUUUUGGAACCUGCCAUGCAAUUGUCUAUCAAAGAUCUCAGGUCACAGGUGGUCCGAGAAGCAUGUAUCACUGUUGCAUACAUGUCCCAGGAACUUCACCAUAAGGUUGACCAUUUGUGUGAGACUGUCCUGCCAAAUCUUAUUUACUUAAUACCCAACAGUGCCAAGGUGAUGGCAUCCUCUGGCAUUGUCACGAUUCGGUUUAUAAUUCAAAACACUCACCACCAUAAACUAAUUCCUAUCCUUUUGCGAGAGAUCGGUAGCAAGAAUAGAGAGAUCCGCAAAGUCUUGUGUGAGGUUUUAGAUCAAUUAGUGCAUACGUGGCCCACUCAUUCUAUGGAAAAGCACGUUCUCAUCCUUGCCGAGACAAUUAAGAAGGGAAUCACAGAUGCUGAUCCCGAAGCAAGAGCCUUCUCCAGAAAAGCAUAUUGGGGCUUUGCGGGCCACUUCAAGGACGAGGCAGACAAACUGCUGAACUCGCUGGACCCGAGCUACAAGAAGAUGCUUCAGGGAGAGAUGAGCAUGUCCAAUUCAUCUUCAUCACAGUCUCUGCACAACUCCCAGAAGUCAGCUGGAGCGCGUCCCGGGUGGUCACGUUCCUCUUCGACGGCUGGGAGCACAGAGAACCUGUCUGGAAUGUCAUCAAGACUCCCCCAAAGUGGCAUGCGACGCUCUGCCAUCCCUACCCCAGCCUCCCACCGCCCUCAGGACUCCCCAGACUCCCCUGCCCCCUCCCACACACCCACCAACUUCCGCUCCAACAGUGCCAUUGACCUGCAGGCCGCAAGGCGUGCACAGGCUCGUUCACAGUAUGCCCAGGCCCAGAGACUCAAGGUGGGCUCUGGAGCAUCACUACGAACUGAAGGAGAGGACAAAGCACGUCCAAGAAAAACGUCCGAUCAUCCGCCCAUCAGCUCUAUCACAUCCCCAGACCGCAUGGGAAGACCCAGAAGCCGAGGCGGAGUUUCUCAAUCACAGCCUGGUAGUCGCAGUGGAUCCCCCUCAUCCAGACUUAGUUAUGCAACAUACUCUUCACCUGGAGACUCAGGCACCUUAGGCCGCUCUAGACGCAGGAGUGGAAUUCCACGUUCCACAGGUACUUCGCGAGAACCUUCACCUAGCCGUUACAGUGGGCUGAGCGGUAUAUCACCAUCAAAGUCUCGUUCAAGAUCUAUCUCAGGUGCCUCAGAAAUGCCUCCCCAAGUACCAGGGAAAUCUCGACAGGUCAUGGCCCAGAAGAUCCUACAACAGAGUCGCGAAGCAGAGAGUGCGUUAGCUGACGCACUCGUGAGUCUGCCACCAGGAGGAGGAGUCCUUCGUGAAAGAUCAAACUACCCUGGUAGGGUUGAUCGAUGUGAUAGAGCUGGAGGAGAGUUCCAGGCUUACCGUCAACCUCGUUCUCCAAACAGAAAGAUGUACAGUAAAGCCUUUGAGGACCAAUCUGACAACGAUAGCGAGACCUCCAGUAUUUGCUCUGAACGUUCCUUUGACUCCUGUAGGAGAAGUGAUCAAUUCUGGUACGGAUCACAACAACGUAUUCUCAAGGAAGUGUGGGAGCCAACAGUGAAGAUGCAGGACGUGAGUGACAUCAUCCUUAACUGCGCGUCAACACACUGGGGUGACCGAAAAGAAGGCCUGAUGGCCCUUCAGGCAUUCCUUCGUGGCUCUCACAUGCUCACUGGAUCUGAGCUGAAGAGGGUCACUGAGAUCUUUACCAAAAUGUUCAUGGAUGCUCACACGAAGGUGUUCACACUCUUCCUCGACACUUUGAUGGAGCUGAUCAUGGUACACAAAGCUGACCUGGGCGAUUGGCUUUAUAUUCUACUUACAAGGUUGCUUAACAAAUUGGGAUCAGAUCUGCUGGGAUCUGUGCAGACCAAGAUCCACAAAACCUUAGAUUUAGUCAGAGACUCAUUCCCAUGUGAUCAACAAUUCAUUGUUCUAAUGAGAUUUCUAGUGGACCAAGCUCAAACUCCAAACUCCAAGGUGAAGGUGGCAACACUGACGUACCUCAAGUGUCUAGUGGAUGUGAUGGACCGCGGUGACCUCACAGCAUCCCCGGACACCCCAAUGGCACUGGCUAAGAUCCUUACCUGGACUGCUGACCAGAAGUCCCUGGACAUCCGGCGGGCAGCUUCAGCGUGCUUCAUUGCAAUGUUCAACUGCAACAUCACUGAGUUCACAGCACUUUUGCAGCAGCUGCCUUCUGCCUGCCAAAGCACAGCAUCGCAGAUCAUCCAGAGCCAUCUGAAGAGAGCGGCCAGUUUGGAUGCCUCGCCCUCUUCCCUGCCCACCCGCACACCUCCCAGUGCUGGCGGGACUCCUGUGCUUCAGAGCCCCAAUACCUCACUCCCGCGCUCGCACCGGUCAUCGCGACACAAUACCAUUGAUUUUGAUGAUACGGAAAAUCUUAAUCCAGAAGAAGUCUAUAGGAGUUUGAAACGCACAACAGCAGAGAUCCAGAACUAUAGCUUCGACCUGGAUUUAAGUAGUCGCAGAGAUAGUUUAGAAAAACAUAGAGAUUCUACGUCACAGGUAUUCCUCCCACAGGACUCUGGGAUUAGUCAAUUAUCAGCUGGUGGAGGCGACCUUCGCACCAUAGACACUGUAGAUGACAAAGGUGUGGAGGAUACCAAUGGCAUCCUGUCGGGAAGAUCCUCAAGUGUUUCUUCACCCACACAUCGCAACCUCUCCAUGAUGUCCGACUCUUCAAGAAACGGACUUGACACCCUCACAGACGAUGAUCUCGGUAGAGGAGAUGGACAGGAGAGUGAUGCAGAGAUAAUGUCUGGUGUAGUGGCUGAGCUAGGUAACACAGAGGAGGGGCGCACAGCAGAAAAGCGUGCUGCGUUGACAUCUCUAAUACGACUGGCGCGUACAGGCUCCACUCUAGUCUGGAAUGAGAAUUUCCGUGCUGUGCUGAGGUUGUUGUUAGAGAGUCUUGCGUGUGACGAUGGAGGUCAGCGUGCCCUGGUGCUAGCCGUUCUGACAGAGAUGAUGAGGAGAAGUCCCCUUGUGCAUCACUUCCUUAGUUUUUCGGAGCUUAUCAUCCUUAGGGUCCUCAAUGCACAUGCUGACAAAGAAAAGGAAGUCCUUCGAGCAGCAAGUGUUUGUGCUGGAACUGUAGCAGAAAUCCUUCCUCCUGAGGUCGUGAUUCGGGUGUUGAAGCCUCUUAUUCAGAUGGGAGAAUAUCCAGUGAAUCAAGCGGCCAUCAAAAUGCUCAAUAAACUGGUUGAAGCCCACCAACCAUCCAUUGUUGCUGCAGCAUUGCCUGAAAUCAUGCCUGGACUCAUUAAGGCAUAUGACAACAAGGAGUCCUGUGUACGCAAGGCUUCAGUGUUCUGCAUGGUAGCAUUGCAUAAUGCUGUGGGAGAGGAUGCAAUGCGACCACACUUAGAGAGUCUUACAGGAUCCAAGUUGAAGCUCCUCAACCUGUACAUCAAGCGUGCUGAGACCCAGAAUUCGGGGGCAUCAUCUCCAAAGUCUGAACCACCACCUUAAUGAUAAUACUAUAUGUGGAGGUGAAAAUGGCGGGUGUUUUGGGGAUAGGGUAGGGGUUAGGGGGUGUGGCAGAAAGAUUAAUUUUAUUGAACCUUUGAUUGGCUCAAAAAACAAACAAGAAAAGAUUUUGUAAUUAGACGUUUUGAAAAUAACAGAAAGAAUAAUAAAAAAGCUCUGUAAAAUAUAAAUGACUCAGAUUUUACUAAUUGAUAUUAGAAUAGGAAAUAUAGUUGGCCAACAGUUGCUAAUUUUAUGAAUACUGUUGUAUCUAGAUGUACACAAUAUUUCUUUAAGAAUUAUGGAAAUAGAAUCUGCCCAUGACAGUUUUGGCACAAAAUUAUAGAAAAUAUGUCCUUGGAAGGUGAAGUGCUUAUAAAAAUAAUAAACAAGGACAAGGCUAUUGUGUGUAAAAUUAUGAAUUUAUGAAUGAGUGCGUUGGUUGAGAGAACGUGACUCAAGGUUGGAUUGACUCCUCAACAUUGUGGUGCCAGGUGGUUCUACCAUAGUUUUACCAGUAGUUUUUACUGACAUAUUUGCUUACUUGGCAAUCUUUGUGUGAUAGAUUACUUUGUGAUUAUUGAUAACAUAGAUAUGGCUUAUCCUGGCAAAGUGAAAUAUUAUAAACCAAUUGUAGGAUGUUAAGGAGCAGCAAAUGUGCCAUUAGGGGUGCAGUUCAUGUUAACUAAAGGAGUUUACACUUGUUUCUUGCUGCCUACCUUCAGUUUCUCCUGCAUGGUCUACUCUCUUCUCUUGGAAAAGAAAUGUGAAGUUAAAUAUUAAUUCCCAAUAAAGAUGAUAUGAUUAUUAACAAUAGUAUAACUCAUAUUAUUAGGGGCUGGGAGCUAG